AAUGGGGCUGGUUUCUGGAGUGUUCUUGCACCUAUUGUGUAUGGUUACGGGAGGCUGCUGAUAUUUCUUUUUUCCUUCCGUCUUCUCCUUUCCCAAGCCUAAAAUCAUGCUAAGGUUCCGUGUUCCAAUCCAAAAAGAUGUAGGCCAAGUGUUGUAACAUACGACUUCUUCUUCUUCUUCUCCUUUGUGUCUGUUUGUGUGUUCGUGUUCUGUUUUAGCUUUUCGGGUCCUAUAAUUUGUCGACAAGAACCAAAAAACAGAAAUUAAGAGCGUUGUUGGGUUUGGGUUUGAUUUCGAGGAGUUGAAGAAGAAUGGCUAAUGGGGAAGAGAAAGGCGGUGACGACUUCUACGCAGUUCUGGGGUUGAAAAAGGAAUGCACAGGCUCGGAGCUCAGAAAAGCCUAUAAGAAACUUGCACUGAGAUGGCAUCCAGAUCGUUGUUCAGCCCCCGGGAAUUCUAAGUUUGUGGAAGAAGCCAAGAAGAAAUUCCAAGACAUUCAACAAGCCUAUUCUGUUCUAUCUGACGCGAAUAAGAGGUUUCUGUACGAUGUAGGAGCCUAUGACAGUGAGGAUGAUGACGAAAAUAAUGGAAUGGGUGAGUUUUUGGACGAGAUGGCAAUGAUGAUGAGCCAAACGAAGCCUAAUGAAAAUGGGAAGGAGAGCUUUGAAGAACUACAAAAUCUCUUUGAUGAAAUGUUUCAAGGGGAUCUUGGGAGUUUUGGCUCUGGCCCUCAGCCUGCUACUUCCUGUUCUACUUCCUGUUCUGCUUCUUCAUAUGUAUCGUAUUGUGAAAGUUCUGGUUCCAAUAACAAGCGUAAUUCCUCUGAAAUGAAUUAUGAGAAGGCAACCUUGGAAGAUUUUUCUGGCUUCGACACUCAUUUUCAGAGUUUUUGUUUCGGGGUGGAAAGCCGGCAAGACAUCGGGAAGGGGACAGCAGCAAGAGAAAGGAUUCAAGGAGAAGCCAUCGGUAAACGAAGGCAUGGCAGGAAACAAAAGGUUACAUCUGGGCAUGAUGUUUCCUCAAAUGAUUAUUCUGGUAUAUCAGCUAGAUAAUGUUAUUGAUUCAGUUAGUCAUGAACUGUUGGGGACUUAGUUGGCAAAAUUUUAGAUCACCUUAGGUUUAGCAGGGGGUUGAGCCUCAUUGUGGCAUUCCUUCCAUGACAUGAUAUUCAAUGGCAAUGGCAUUGUCUCAAAGUCUUGAAUUGUAAUUCACUCAUUCUCCGAAUCUCAUGUCAUUACUUCUUCAUGUUAGUUGAUGGGAUUUCAUUAUUUACAAUGACUUGCUUGCCAAGGAACAAUAAUAAAGAAAAUACCUUGAAAUA